GGCUCGGCGAUUAGUGGUGAGUGCCUGGUUUGUGUACAGUUAUGAGAAAGAAGUAUUAUGGAAGACUUAAGAUGUAUUGUGGAUGAGACGUUUCCAAGUGUUGCGGACCACUCACUAGCUAGCCAUGCCACUGAGAUUCUGGACAAUAUCACAAUUUCAUCAAAUCUUGGACUACCAGUUGCUGCUUCUACUGAAAUCAGACAGAAGACUCAUUCUCAUGACAGACUUCAUGAUCAAACUUAUUACAUGGAAACGAGAUUCUCCGCUCCAUUAGCAUCUUCUUGCUGUGAUGAAUCUGAUUCUGAUCCAAGGAAGAAGCUGAUACUUAACUUUCAGAAUCCUAUUAAAACCACAGAAAUGUGCUUGAAAUCUGACCAAAAUGACCUUGAUUGUUUGCAAAGAAAACAAAAUCAGGAUUGUGCUGUUGAGUGUUCCAGUAACCAUCAGGACAUUCGAUGUGAAAUACUUUCACCUGAACAUUUGGAAGAUUUAACAACUGAAAUCUUUGCUUCACUGGAAAAAGGGAGUGAAGACUACAAGGCUGCUGUGUUAGAACCUAGUCAGAAAUGGAUAAGAAGUGAAACAUGUGAUAAUGCGGUGACUGGUUUGUCCAGGUUGAUAGAAAAUGAAAAACUAUUGAGCUUUGCAAGCCUAGAAGGAAAUUCUACAGAUGAAGAUGUUGGAGAGGAAGAAUUUUGUGAUGACCAGUUGGAAGCUUACUUUGAGCACCUUGUACUGUCAGAAGUGGAAGAUAUGGAAGAACAGGAACUUGCUGAAUAUUUUAAACCCAUGGAAAUGCCUUCACUUCAGGAAAAAUUCAAAAUGCCUGAAGUGAACCAGGAAGCAAGAAAUGAUUCACUUAUUCUAAGUGAUGAAGAAUUUUACGAUCUUAAAGAAGAGUACAUAAAAGAUGAACAAUUCAUGCUGCCAAUGAUAGCAAAGCAAGAGGAAGGUUGCAUGAAGCCUAGCUCAAUUGCUGAGCCCAACAGUAGUGCUGAUAAGUCUCCUGUUGGAAUAGUAGGUGAUGCAUCUCUAGUGUGCAGCAGAACAAUACAUUCACAUGACUUAUGUUUAGAUGUAGAAGAUUUUGACUCUCAUAGGGAAGAUGGAACACCUUUAAAGAUUAAUACAGUCAGUGGUAGAAAAAAUGAUGCCACGAACAUAACCAACUCUGCACUAAAGCUAGAUUCAGUCUACUUUAAAUGUAGUGAAGAUGAUAAUGUUGCUUCUGAAAUCUGGCACACAGAAGAAAAAACUGGUUGUCCUCCUAUGUGCCAAACUGCUGAUGAAAGUCAUGUUCCUCUGGCUGAUGUUUACCUGUCCCCAAGUGUUCAUGGAGGAUCUGAACAGGAUCCGUGUACGGUAGUAGGAGACUCACCACAUAAUGUUGUGUAUCAAAACGAGGAAGGCAAAUGGGUAACGGAUCUUGCAUAUUACACUUCAUUUGAUAAAGAAGAAAUAUUAAAUCUGUCAAACAUGAGCGGAGAUUUCAUCACUGGAUCUGAUGCAGUUGCUAUGAUUGCCCAGGAUCAAGAAGAUUUUGAGAGGGAGCAUAGGUUCAUGCAGGAAGAGAAAAUGGACCAACAAAAUACCUCUGGAUUAGGAGAUUCUUCAUGGAAAUCAAUUAGUAACUACAACCCUCUAAGAACCUCACAAGCUGACUUCAGCAAAGAUGCUAGUUAUUUACGACUCUCUCUGGGAGAGUUUUUUGGUCAGAGAUCGGAGGCUCUUGGUUGCCUUGGAGGAGGUGGUGAUGUGAAACGGCCGUCUUUUGGUUAUCACAUUACUUCUCCGCAGAAGAGACAACCUGUACCUUUACUGAGGCAGUCUGAUGUAUCUACAGCAAAUUCUGAUAAACAGAAUUUGCAGAUUUCUGACACUCUUCAAGGAAAUGUAGAAAAGAGCAUGAAAGAGGAACCACACGUUGCAUCUGCUACUUUUGCUUUUGCUCAAGUGGAUACCCCAGGCAGAGAGUAUACAAGGGAGAAUCUUGAAGAAAGAAAAGUUGGACACGAACACCCUGAUAUAGAACCUUUUGUCUUGAGCAUAAGCACAAUUGCGUCUGCUAUUGCAAAUGCUUCUGUUAGCGCAGAACCUUCACAGCUAGCUGCUUUGAUGAUGAAACUCUCAGAUAAACACAGAGAAGGAACAGAUAUUCCAGACAUUGGCAAACUCACAGAUUUUUCAGUCCUCAGUCAGCUAUUAUCCAGCAAUAUAGAAAAUAGUCCAUUUGAUAUUGAGAAAUAUCUCAGAAGAACUGGUGAAACUGAAAAUGACAGCAAGUCCGAAAACAUUAUUAAACAUGAAGAAACUACCACAGAUGGUCACAAAUUGUUUGAAAUUUCUAAUGCAGGGGACCUCAGCAAGAACAAUUUCAAUAUCAAGUAUGGAAAAGAGAAUCAGUGUAUGGAAAAAAUACUCGAGGAAAGUGGCUUCAAAGAAUCCCAUUGUGAUAUCAGUUCUAAGCAGAAAAAAGAAAUGGAAAAUACUAAGGCACCAUGUAAUACAGGUGAAAGUUUUCAGUCAGAGAAACUGGCUUGUGUACCCAGCUCAAAAGAAGAAUUAUCUGAAAAUGCUAACCUCCCUUCAGAGGCUAGUGCAACAACGGUUCCCAUAAACUUUUUUCUUUAUUUAGCUUAUAAAAAAAAUGCAACCAAGAACAUUCUUUCCUUCAAUUUAAUGUCUUUUCCAGUAUUAGCAUCCCCUCUUCCAGGAUGUCUCAACAAGGAAACAACUAUGCAUGAAGUUAAAUACCAGCAGAAGCAAGAUGGAAAGGUCUUGAAAAGGAAUGCUUCAUGCAGCAAUGAAAAACAUGUGACUUUUGAAAAUGCAUCUCCUGAUAGCAGGGAUGCUGUUGGUGCAGCUGUUCUAUUAACUGAACAGAAGCUCUCAACUCCUGUUCCUGGUGUGAAGAUUUCAGACGAUGAGCAGCGCAGCUUCAGGCCUUCAACAUCUCCUCUUAUCCAUUCAUCUCCAAGUGAAGCUUCAGAAACUGCUCUUUCAGGAUCUGAUUGUCCUUUCACAACACCUAAUUUUAAGGAAUCCUCUUGCAAUGAUAAGAUGUUACCACAAACAGAAUAUAAUGAUCCUAGUUUUAGACGACUGACCUUCGUUUCUGCCACUGAAAAAACCCUAACUUUGUGUAGUCCAGAACAAUGUCGAAAUAAUCGUGCCAGUGAAUUGAGCACAACAAUAGUUUGGACCAGUCCAACUUCGUUAUUGGAAGGGGAUACUGGAAAAAACACUGCUUUUCAAAAUAACAAGCAACCUUCACAAAUCACGAGCACAAGGAACUAUUCUCAGAAGCAAGAAAGAAAUGAAUCUACAUAUUCAGUUGUACCAGAGGACCAGAAAUCAACAAGAGAGUUUCAACAAAAAAGUGGAGAUCAGUCUAAACAGAGUUGUGGAGAUAAUACUAACCGUGGGCAGGUUGAUACACCUGCAGGACAGCAUGACUAUGCCUACACAGCACACAGACCGACUUUAUUCUCUCUAAAAAAUGUGCCUGCUUAUAAUGAUUUAUAUGGCUGUAUUUCAUUAAAUCAAGACAGAGCAGAUUUCAAACCUCAUGGUGCUACUUCUGGAAUUCCUACCCUGCUAACGGGAUGCUCCCUUAGAACAACUCCAUUUGCCCAACAGUAUCUAGGAAGCUUGCCAUCUCACACAGGUGUUGCAUUACCUCAGUACCAUGUUGGUUUUCCUUCAACUUUUGGUCUUCCAGCAGGAUUGAUUUAUUCUACCAUUCCUUUGGGUCACAUUCAAAACUCACUAACAACUGGAAUGUCAUUAAGUUCAGAUGUUAGGCCUGGAGUAUUGGGUACAGCUUCCGAUCAGAAUGUAACAACCAGCCAAAAUGUCUGUAAUAGUACAUCACGUACAGGGAAAGCAUCUGAUGCUGCUGGACCUAGACAAUGGGAGGAAUCUGUGCCAUUUGGAUUUGCCCAUGUAAAAGUUCCUGAAGAAGUGAAAUUCCCUAAUGCUUGUUGUGUAGGACUCACGUCACACACAGUCCUUCGUAUUCUUAAUCCAUCUGAACGGUGGCUUCAAGUCAGCAUUAGCUUACUCAGUAUUAUGUUUAAUGGUGAAAAGGUGGAACCUCAGAAACACAGAUGCCUUCUGUUUAAGAACAAAACUGUCAUUGGACCUUGUACUACAGAAGAACUAAAAAUGCUGUUUUUGCCGUGUCAAGCAGGAGUUUUUCAGUGUGUACUUAGUGUUGCCUCUUGGCCAUUUUCUGCAGAUGCAGAUACAAUAGUCCAGGCAGAGGCUUUAGCUGCUAGGGUAAUUGUGAAUGCAGUUGCUGAAAAUCCUGAUAUAGAGGUGGAAGCAGGAAAGUCAAACCAUCUUGACUUUGGUGAUCUGCCAUCUGGUAGCUGGAAAGUUCUCCCACUGAAACUGACUAACAAGACUUGUGCUAGAGUGCCAGUCAGACUUGUUAUUCAUGCAAAUGCUGUAGCAUGGCGCUGCUUUACAUUUUGCAAGGAACCAGUUGACCCUUCUGUUAAAAGUGCAGCACCUACUCACAGCAUCUCCCAGUUAGCAGCUCCUUCAGUGAUAUCCCAUGUAAUGAAUGCAAGCUGUGAUGGCCAAGAUCCUGAAGUUUUAAUGGUCUGGGUCCAGUUCCAUGCACCAAGCAAAUACAUCACUUCAGAUUGUUUGGGCUCAGCUGAUGAAUACUUCGCGAGAAUUGAUGUGGAGGUAGAUUGCCCAGAGCCUGCUAAUGUUUUAAGAAGUAUUCCUCUGAGUGCAAGAUCUGGAACACCUAGAAUAUACGCACCAAAGAGCCUGCAAACACUCUAUAUGUCUGCAAAUAUGGGUUCAUCAACAAAGCAACAAUUGCCAUUAAAGAAUGCUGGGAAUAUUACAGUUAAUUUGAAGAUCAUGAUAUUGGAGACAGACAGCUGCAUUUCUGUUAAGCCUGAGCAUCUGGUUCUUAUACCUGGGGAGGAACAAGAAGUGACAGUUGAGUUUUCUCCAAAGGACUGUAGAGGUGCAGAAAGUGUUGUGAAAAUAUUAGUACUGCCAUCCGGCCCAGAGUAUAAAGUGACUGUGAAAGGUGAAGUGACUGUAGCAAAAAGCAAACCUUUGGUACAAAAAUGCUCCAAUACAGAAGAUCCCCCCAUUCUUGCGAACAAGCAAUUUCUGUCAUGGGGAGGUGUUCAGCUAGGAAGAACAGUUCAACAGAAACUAAUUCUGAGAAAUGGCUCUGCGUCUACUACUCAGCAAUUACGAUUGCUGAUAAGGGGUCAAGAUCAGGACUGUUUUCAGUUGAAACUUGGAAAACAAGCAUACAAUAACUGUGAAAUCAAGAUCAGACCAAAACAUGAUUAUAAUGUCUUCCUUACAUUUACACCAACUCGUUUUGCUUGUAUGUUUGCAAAGCUUGAAAUGAAACAGCUUGGUCUUCUAUCUCAACUAGGAAUCAAGUUCACUAUACCUUUGUAUGGAUAUGGAGGAAAAAGCAAUGUGAGAGUAGAAGAUGUUAAGAAGCAUGGUAACAGAUAUAUACUAGGACUAUACGAACAAUCAUCUGAUAAAAGAUGUCAGGCUUCUUUCACUGUACGCAAUACAGGCUGCCGGGCUGCUUAUGUGAAAGCACUUUGCUUCAAGAACUUUUCUGAAAGAAUCAUUAUGGAUCCAAAUGUGAUGAGAAUUUUUCCAGAAAAGUUUGUCCUUAAGGAAGGUUCACAGCAGAAAGUUACAGUAACAUGCAAUUUCACGGAAGAACAAAAUAGAUCGUUGAUGUUGUCUACAAUUUGUUUAUUCUAUGGAGAUGAAAUUUUGAGACAGCAAUAUUGCAGAUCAACACAACAUCAUCUGGAGCAAUUGCAAAACAUACUUCCUGCUAAUAAUCCAGUGAUAAAUGUAAAGUUUGAUGAGGAAUUCACUGGGGAAGAGCUAGUGACAGAAGUGUAUGAUCUUCCACAACAGCCCAAUGAUAUUCAGUGUUUUUUUACAAAUAUGCGAAGGGUUACUCUUUCUGCUGUUAAAACAUCUGCUCUUGCUUCUGAUAUCAAGCCAUCUUCAAUUAAUCAUUUGGGAUUAGAGAGACCUGCUAUUCUUGAGAAACAUAGCAUGACUCUGGAUGUACUGCCUGUUAAAGGACCUCAUGGUUGUGUAUUGUCCACAAAUACUAAUGAGUUAGAUGAGAAUAAAUAUGAUUCUCAGGACAUUUGGACUCUUGAGCCUGAAUUUCUGAUUUUCACAGCUCCUUCUCAAAGUGGAACAACAAUCACUAAAUAUACACGAAUAACUAAUAACUCAGCCAGAUCAUUGAAAUUUGAGUUAUCAUGGCCUGCUCAUUGUCUUACAAUAACACCUCAACAUGGAGUUAUUGAACCAGGAAACACUAUUUCAAUCCGUGUGAGUCCAAAUCCCUCACUUGCAGAAAAUAAAUCCAUACUUCCAUGGAGUGGCCUUAUUUAUAUACACUGUGAUGGUGUACAAAAAGUUGUUAGGGUCCAGAUUUGGGAAGAUAGCUCAGAGGAGCAAUUUGGAAGGGGCUCCUCAGCUGGCAAAGCAAGAGUUCAGCAGCAACAGCAGCAGUCUGAGCUUCCUGUUAUUCUCAUACAACCAAUUCAGAAGCUGCCCUUAACAAAACUAGAAGUAAAAAAUAGGACUGUGUGUUUUCCUGAGACAAGAUCUGGUAAAACAUCGGAGAAAUACUUGGAGAUUGAAAACAAUGGAGAUGAAAAUGUGAAGUGGUUUUUAUCAUCUUUUGCACCGCCUUAUGUCAAGGAUGUAGAUGAAAAUGGAGAGGUUUAUAGGGCCACAUACACUGCUUUCCGUUGUUCGUGUCUUUCUGGUACUAUUGAAGCUCAUGGAAAAGAAAAAGUUGUAGUCAUCUUUUUGCCUAGAGAUAAAGGACAUUAUUCACAGUUCUGGGACCUUGAGUGUCACCCUCUUCAUGACCCUCACAUGAAAGACAAACAUAGACUUCAGUUUUGUGGAAUGGGCAUUCUUGGGAAGGAAAUCUUUAGAAAUGAGGCUUCUCUGCCUGCUUUAGUAAAAAUCAGUGUUCGUGAUGUGUCCCAGAGAGAAUGUCCUGACACCUUUGAUCAAAAAAUCUGGAAGGGUGUAUGUGCUCAAGAAGAUGUUUAUACAUUUCCUCCAACGAGGAUUGGUGAAUCAAGUACGCUGAAAAUCAGCAUGCGGAAUUAUUCUGCUUUUUCCAACCAGUUGAAAUUUAGAAGUCCCAAAGCACCUUUUUACAUAAAGCAUUCCCAGUAUACUUUAAGAUGUCAUCACUAUUGCAAUUUACCAGUCCAGUUCAAACCAAUAGCAUCAGGUACUUUCAAAGACCUACUGGUGGUAGAGACAGACAAAAGUGGUGUCCUUACCAUUCAGCUCAUUGGUGAGGGGUUUGGUGAGCAGGUCUGCUGUUAACAAUAUAUGCUAAACGUACAACUAAGUUAUUGAAUGAAAGUUCUUUUUUGUAUAUUAAAAUUAUAUUUUGUAGAAAACUGAAUUGCUUGUAAUUUUUGACAAAGUAAUUUUGUAUGUAAUCAUGUAACUCACACUACUGCACUUUGGCUGCCAGAAGCAGCAUUUUUUUAAUUUUUUAUUAAUUAUAACUUUAUAAAUGGCAGUUGUAUGUAUUAAAACAUGAUUUUCUAAAAUAAAGUCCUGCCUUGAAUUGUUUUCUGUUUUAAAAUGCCUGUCACUAAAUGCU